UAUCCAACUCGACACGGAAACUAAUACUGAAAUAUUCUUAAAAUGCACCAAGCAUUUGAAGCAACCCAGAUUUUCUGAAACUCAAAUCGCUAAAGAAACAUGGCAACCAUUGAUGCAGCCUCCGGCUACGACCGCAAGAAGGAGCUCAAGGAGUUCGACGAGUCCAAGAUUGGCGUGAAGGGCCUCUCCGAUUCCGGCAUCACUUCCAUACCCCGGUUUUUCGUCCACCCUCCCGAAACCCUCUCCGACCUCAAAUCUUCCUCAACAUGCGCAAGCAUUCCCGUCAUCGACCUCUCCGGUGUCAACUCCGCCGCUCACCGACGCAAAAUCGUCGAACAAGUGAAAGAGGCGGCCGCAACAUGGGGCUUCUUCCAGGUGAUCAACCAUGGAGCUCCCGUGCCAGCAAUGGAGGAGACCAUCAACGCCAUCAAAACUUUUCACGAGCAACCCCACGAGGUGAAAAGCAAGUACUACAAGCGAAGCGAGAGGCAGGAGGUGUUGUACGCGAGCAACAACGACUUGUACAGAGCCAACGCAGCUGCGUGGCACGACUAUUUGCAGGUAUGGAUGGCUCCAACGCCACCGAAAGUGGAGGAUAUACCGGAGGUUUGUAGGAAGGAGGCGGUAGCAUGGGCUAAGCGUGCAACCGAGGUGGCAGAGACUUUGAUGGAGUUGCUGUCUCAAGGGUUGGGGUUGGAGGCUGGGAAGUUGAAGGAGUUGAAGUUUGUGGAUGAGAGUGUCUUUGUGGGUAUUUGUUAUCCGUAUUGUCCUCAGCCAGAUCUGACGGUGGGGAUUACACCGCAUACUGAUCCGGGUGUGGUGACGCUUCUGAUGCAGAACGACGUGCCUGGGUUGCAAGUGAAGCAUGGGGACGAGUGGGUGAACGUUGAUCCUGUGCCUGGAGGUUUGAUUAUUAACGUUGGAGACUUUCUUCAGAUAAUCUCUAAUGGAGAGUACAAAAGUGUACAGCACUGCGUGCGGGCUAAUUCUUAUAAAAAAGCACGAAUCUCAGUUGUUAUGUUUUUCAACGUAAACAAAGGGAAUGAUGAUUGUUGCUAUGGACCUUUGCCGGAGUUGUUGUCACAAGAAAAGCCGGCUAUCUAUCGGAACUUUACCGUGAAGGAAUAUAAUGAGAAUUUUUAUAGCAAAGGGUUGGAUAGUAAGAGUAUGAUCGAGAAAGUUAAAAUGCAAAACUAGCACAUAUAUGUGUGUUUCAUAUAUAUAUAUAUAUAUAUAUAUACCAUGGCAUUUUGUAUAAUAAAAGGGAUCCCUCGAUCCCUACUUAAUUAAUAAGCAUUAUUAUCAUGCUUAUUAGUAUAUUGAACUUAUGGAAUCGAAGCACCCUCUAGGCUAUCUUUUUAUUUAUUUAUUUAUUUUUAAUUUGUUAUAAAAAAUAAUUGGCUACCGACACCCUAUGAGCCUUAUCACAUGCAUGCAAGUUCUUUUCUUGAUUGUGGCUUUGUGGGUAAUUGAGCCUGAAAAUUUAAAUCCUCACUAGUCACUAAUCAGAAUAUCAAUCAAGUAUCAUUCAUCAGACCCAAAAGAUCGAGAGAAUACCUCACAUUAUCAGUGGCCAUUUUUCUUUUCCUUUUAUCUUUCUUUCUUUUGGUGGGUCUGUGUUAUUGUGAACUUGAGUUUUUAAUGGAAAAUUUGACCUAAAGGUACAAUUAUAUAUAUAGAUAGCUUCACAGAGAAGUUUGAGUGGAGGAACAGUGUCAAGUAAGGGGUUCUUGUAAUUCAGCAAUUACCGCAAAGUUUGUAUGAGGGUUGCGCUUGAUUACUAGGCGUAGAUAAUUUCAGAGUUCGAUUGAUAUUUGAUCA